AGCAGCCGCCCGCCCGUUGACGCGUUAAUAAUUUGUCUUGCUGCGUCAGGGCCAAGAGUCAGCCCACCCUUUCGUCUUAAUUGCCGGUGCCGUCCACGUCCUCGUCCAGGCUCGCUCACCGUCCAUCAUUCCCCGCGGUCUCGUUCGUUCCCUGCCCGCUUCCUGCUGCUCACAGUCAAAGCACGUACGCACGCACGCACGCAACACUUGGGCAACUCGCGCCGGCUGCGCAGACUGACGCCCUGACUGGCCCGUGCUGCCGCGAUUCGACUCGGCCAUCUAUCUGGUACUACUACUACUACUACUUCUACUACCACCACCGAGGAACGGCACCCGACUUGUACGCAGCGACCAUUAUAGGACUCGAGUACUACUGCUGUUCUGCGCUGCGCAGUACUUGGUGCCCUUCAACCAACGUACUACUUACCUUGGGUGGCCGCAUUGGACCUCACGGCACUAGUCGAGCAGCCUCUGGGCAGUCGAUUCGUCCCCGCCACCCGCCGCUCUCGACAACGGCUGAGCGUUCUGGCCCAGCAAACCCCCCUGCUGUCGCCUCGGCCUCUGCAUCACCUUACCAUUCGAUCCCCGUGCGACCGACCAAAACCUUGCAAGAACCGAGAGCCUGCGGCUGUGACGGCGUAAAGUCUCCACGAAUACGCAGCCUUCCGCCUCGACCAACCGACCAGCUGCCCCUCGAUCCAGGCAUACAGCCUCGGCCAACACUUAGCCUACCGUGCGCCUGGGACUGCUUCCGUGCGGGCCGCGCUCGACGCACCUCUGGCCUUGCUCCCCUGGCCUCGCCCGUUCGUCAACGACGACUUCCAACCACGUUCGCCGCCCCCGGCUUGAGACGCCGCCAUGGACCACAUGGGCUUCCAAAUACCGGGCAUGGCGCCGCCGCCAUUGCUCAAUCAGCCGCCCCAGAUCUUCGGGUCGUACGGCCCAGACGGCCUACCACAAAUGCCUCCCGAACUGGCCUCGCACAUGUUCCCCGACGCUCACCUGCUCAUGGAGGACACCAAUGAGGCCAAGAGACGGCGCAUUGCUAGGGCCUGCGACAUGUGCCGCAAAAAGAAGAUCAAGUGCGACGGCAAGCUUCCCUCUUGCACGCAUUGCAUCAACUACAAGACCGAAUGCGUCUUUACGCAAGUAGAAAAGAAGCGCAGCCCUCCCAAGGGUGCCAAAUACAUUGAGGGUUUGGAGAACCGAUUAGGACGGAUGGAGCACCUUCUGCGCCUUUCAGGGCUUUUGGGAGAGGAUGAAAAUGGCGCCACUGACCUAGGAGAGCUGGAAAGGAAGCUCACUGAGAAGACUCGACAGGCGUCCAUGGCAGCAACAGCCUCGAAUCCGACGUCCCCGUCCCUAGGCACCGCCGCGGCGGAAACCACGUCGACGCCGCAAAGCGCGUUGACGUCACCAGAGCCGGCCAAGGAGAGCCACAAGGACGAUAAGCGCAAGUCCAUCACGCCAGCGGAGGACAGUCAAGGGGAAGAGGAAGUCGAGGCUUUGUCUGAGAUGAUGUGCUCACUCGUUACCAACCAAUGCGGUGAAACUCGGUACAUCGGAUCUUCGUCCGGCUUCUCGAUCUUCUCGCCGAGGGGCAUACAAUGGGUGAAUGAAAAGACGGGCGACAACUCCUUCUCAAAGAUGAUAUCUGAGGUAUCGGUGGACGACCACAAGUGGACCAACUGGAAACCUGAGGUCUUUGGCGACCUCUUCCAGCGACCUGUGUUCAGAGCUCUGCCGCCCAAGCCCGAGGCCCUAUCGCUUCUCAACGACUACUUUGAGAACUUCAACUGCAUGUUCCCCCUCUUUCAUCAACCCACCUUCAUGCACCUCGUCGAACGCCAAUACUCUUCCGACCCUUACCAGGGUUCGGGAUGGUGGGCCAGCCUGAACUGCGCCCUGGCAAUCGCGCACCGUCUCCGCGUCAUGAGCAACCUUGUCCCACAAGAGGAAGACGAAAAGGCUUGGGCGUAUCUGAAGAACGCCAUGGGUGUCUUUUCGGAACUAGCAAUGCGUAAUACGGACUUGCUAAGCGUCCAGGCUCUCCUGGGCAUGUCGCUGUUCAUGCAAGGUACACCGAACCCACAACCGACGUCGCUCCUGAUCGCUGCCGCCAUCCGCCUGUCACACAGCAUUGGCCUGCACAAGCGCGGUACGGGUUUCAACCUGAACCCCAUCGAGAUUGAACAGCGCAAGCGAGUCUUUUGGAUUGCCUAUAUGCUUGACAAGGAUCUGAGCUUGCGUUCCGGACGACCCGCCGUCCAGGAUGACGACGACAUGAACGUGGAUCUUCCAGACGCCGACCCCGAGGAUAACAUCGGCAACAUUCCCCUAGCUGAUGGCAAGGGCAAAAUGAACCUCUUCCGCAUCAUGUGCGAAUUCACCGUCAUUGAGAGCAACGUUUACAAGCGCUUGUACUCCACCAAGGCGACGAAGCAAUCCGCCGGAGAGCUUCUCAACACCAUAGGCGAGCUUGAUCAGGAGCUCGAGGAAUGGAAGGACAAGAUCCCCAUCGACUUCCGACCCGAACAUGAGAUUAGGGCAUCACACACGCCCCUGAUCUUACAUAUUGUCAUGCUACACUUCACCUACUACAACUGCUUGACGACCAUCCAUAGGAUGUCGAUUCAUCACGGGUUCUGGACAAGUAGACUAUCAAACUACGCCAUCCAGGGUCUCAAUGCUCGGCCGCUCAACCCAAGAAUCUUUUCAUCUGCCGCGCUCUGCACGGCAGCCGCGAGGGCCUCUAUCUCGCUGUUGAAAUACGUGCCUCAGGGAGACUUUAGCUGCGUUUGGAUGAUCUUGUACUUUCCUGUGUCCGCACUCAUGACGUUGUUCAGCAACAUUCUCCAAAACCCACUCGACCCCCGAGCCAAGUCCGACACGCGGCUGAUGAACUUGGUCGUGACGUUCCUGUCCAUGUUGGGGCAAGAGGCAGAGCAAGGAGGCGUGCACCGGAUGCUAAGCGUCUGCUCCGAGUUUGUGCGCAUCGCCAAAGUUGUCAUUGAGAAGGCGGAGAAGGACCAGUCUUCUCGUCGCAAGCGGAAGAACGUCGAUGCCCCGAGCAAGCCGUCGGCGCAGCCAACAACGCCCAGCAAGCCUGCGAACGUGCCAGCAGCCAGUGGCCUGUCAACCGACACUCCCCGGCCAGCAACUGCGACUACCUCUACGCCGACACCCAUGACCAUUCCUGCUACCAUGGCCAACUCACACCUCUCCCCGGGGUCGGGGUCCGAUCGCGGGAGCUCACAUGGGCCUGCCACCGGCACAGGGUCGUCGAUGAACGAGCCGUCACCCUCCAUUAGCUCAGCAGGGUGGCCGCAAGAGUUCCAGUUGCCCCAAAACGGAGACCUCGAGUCGUAUAGUAACAUGCAGGGCCUCGUCGGUGCGGUCCAGUCCCCUCCCUUGCCUACGGCGGCCGGCCCUUUCCAGCAGCCUCUGUUGCCGCCAGAUCUGUUUGGACUCCCCGCCACGUUCGACUGGAGCUGGGCCGAGAUGAGCGGCGGCGCCUAUCCGACAGUCGAAAAUGGCAACUUUGGCGAAGGCGAUCGUGACAUGGGCGGUCAGCAGUAGUGCCGCCUAGUGAUGAUCCUCCCCCUCACAUCAGCACCUGAAGACGUCAACUUCCACCAGGCGCGCCGACGAGCAUUCACGGUGGUGUAGUGCAUGCCCCUCACCCCUGACGAGUUACGGGAUACGAGAUACCACACCUCACGCUUUGCACUCUUCUUUUAUUUAAUUUUUUCGUCUUUGUAUCUUGAAUCAGACUUUUGACAUCUUUAUUUCCAUUUUACUGGUCGAAUCUCCUCUUCAUUCUUGGGUUAUAGAGUCAUCACGGACUGGUUUCUACUGCCGGGCGAACGUGGUUCAAGAGCAUGCAUGGGUAGGAGGGGCACCUACCCCGGCGGGCGGGUAUGUUGGGCUCUACUCCCUGGUGAAUGUGUAUUUAGUGUCUAGAAAAUGCUUUGUGCAGAAAAAGACAAGAAGUGGCG